CCUAGCAGUACCUAGUCCCUCCCCGUGGACCCCCUUUGCUGCGAGAGCUCCUGGGCCAUGGAGGAGUACGGCAUGCCAUGGCGGACCGUCAGCGUAUUCACCUGCUCCUUUUGCCUCGAGAGUGUGAAUCCUACCGCGCUGAUGCUACGUAAGGUACCUGCGACAAACAAACAUGCGGAGUCAGCCCGUGAGCAUUUGUGGAUCUGACGGCUGCAAUCGGAGUUUGAUCACGUCAAGACAAAAUUGCACAGAGCCAAAAAGAAAAAUUCACCAUGCUGGAUUUGCAGCCAUUGCCACAAAAACUUGUUGUUCUUUUGCUCCCUUUUUGAAGAUUGACAUUUGUACUUGGCAUACCAACCGACCACCACUAUGGACGGUCCCGACAGGCACAACAACGUCGCAGACUCGCGUUCAUGGCUGAGAAGCUUUUUCACAACACGCAAUGGGAUCGAUGCAAGCAAGAACAUGUCCAAGACAAGCAUCACAGCGCCUGACGAAAGGACUGCCCUGUUGCCCCGACCAGAUGACAACGAGGACUCGGACCCCGAGCAAGACAUCGAAUUUGGGAAUCUUACACGUACGCAGCGGAUUUUGUCUGAAUUCUGGAUCCUGCUGAAAGGCUCGAUACCGGUCGUGCUCGCAUACACUCUGCAAAAUUCGUUGCAGACCAUCUCCGUCCUGAUCGUGGGUCGACUGAGCCCGGAAGCUCUCGCUGUGGCGGCUUUCAGUUAUAUGUUCGCCAUGGCUACUGCGUGGCUCAUUGGGAUGGGAGGAACCACGGCGAUCGACACGCUCGCAUCGGCGUCAUUCACCGGAAGCAAGAGAAAGACAGAUCUCGGUAUCAUCCUCCAGCGCGCCUUUUUCGUGCUCAGUCUGUUCUACAUUCCUGUGGCAAUACUGUGGUUGUUCUCGGAGCCGGUGUUCAAGGCGCUAGGUCAGGAAGACUACAUUGCCCGAGACUCCUCGAAAUUCCUAAGCAUCCUCAUUCCUGGCGGCCUCGGAUACAUCUACUUCGAAUGCAUGAAGAAAUAUCUUCAGGCCCAGGAGAUUAUGAGGCCAGGCACAUACGUGCUCCUGAUCACCUCGCCGGUGAAUGCUGGUCUGAACUAUCUUUUUAUCUAUACCUUUGAGCUGGGACUUUUUGGCGCACCGCUCGCCACGGGAAUCUCGUACUGGCUCUCAUUCCUGCUGCUCGUCCUCUACACUCGUUUUGUGGCUGGAUAUGAGUGCUGGGGUGGAUUUGAUCGCAAGUGCUUAAAAAACAUGGGCAGCUUCGCUCGCCUGGCCGUGCUGGGAGUAGUUCACGUUGGCACCGAGUGGUGGGCAUUCGAGAUUGUGGCGAUCGUGGCGGGCCAACUGGGAACGAUACCCCUCGCAGCACAGUCCGUCAUCAUGACUGCGGACCAAGUCAUGAACACGAUACCGUUUGGAGUCGGGGUCGCGUCAUCCAGUAGAGUGGGGAAUCUGCUGGGCAGGCGAAAUGCGCGAGGUGCAGCACUAUCUGCCAAUACUGCAGCAUGGCUAUCGAUGAUACUGGGGGCAAUCGUGCUCGCUGUUUUACUGGGCACCAAGGACAACUUUGCACGCUUGUUCAACGACGAUGAUCGGGUGGUCCAGCUUACAUCCGAGGUUCUGCCAUACGUCGCUCUCUUCCAGAUUGCAGACGGAUUGAACGGAUCGUGCGGUGGUGCACUGCGGGGCAUGGGGAGGCAGCAUGUCGGGGCAUUCGUCAAUCUCGGAGCGUACUACUGCGGCGCGUUGCCUCUGGGAAUUUAUCUCGCAUUUCACGGCUGGGGAUUGGCAGGGCUGUGGGUGGGCCAGUGUAUCGCUUUAUACCUGGUCGGCAUCAUCGAGUGGCUGAUUGUUGCAUUCAGCGACUGGGAGCAGCAGGUGGAGCAUGCAUUCCAGCGCAUGGAUCCAGGAGAUAUGGCCGAGCAAGGAGAGCACCGCUAAUACUUCAGGCCGUGUCGCGAUAGACGAGAACUGGAAGUGCAUACGUGCUGGGUACACGUAGUAAGGUACAUGUAGUCAGGUAUGGAUAGCUGACAUGUACCUAUGUGCGCGCAGUUGCCGGAACCUUUCUCAAAACGGAAGUCUAAUACGCUCUAUCAGCGUCAGGUUUCCAUUUCUUCGAUGCCAUAAGACACUUAAGUUCCCCACCUCUUAUCUCCAGAUCAUCGUCAUGUCUGCACCACACUCUGCUAACGUAAGAGCAACUGCCUCUCGACCAGCCCGGCCAAGCUGACGACACUUUGAUAUCGAUAUCAACAUUACCUACCUUACCUAUGAUGUAGUACAUCCUUAGCUCAAUGGG